AGCCACAUGCCCUGCUGCCGUCUCGGAUGCACUUCCUAACUUGAAUCUAGGGGCGGCCAUCGGCUGUGUUCGGCUUGUUUAGACCUUGGGUAGCGCCUUUGGAAGAUUGACCGCUCUGGGGCAAUGAAUCGAGGUCGACUCGUGGAAUGGGUACAAGACCGAGCUCAACUUUGACCCCGACAGGUCUCCACUUGCCGACUGCUUGGCCGUCCGCGCCGAAGCUGCUGCCAUGCGGAGAGAGGGAAGGGAAGGCAAGGGAUGGAAGGGAUGAAAGGGAUGGAAGCGAUGGGAUGGGAUGGGAUGGGAUGGGAUGGGAUGGGAUGGGAUGGGAUGGGAUGGGAUGGGAUGGGAUGGGAUGGGGAUGGGAUGGGAUGGGAUGGGAUGGGAUGGGCAGCUCCAGGGCUCAGGGCAAGCAGGGCAGGGCAGGGCAGGGCAGGGCAGGGCAGGGCAGGCCGUGUUUUGCAGCGAACGCCGCCCGCGUCGUCAUGUCAUAAUCAUCCCAGGAAGCAGCAAACGACAAGUCAGUUGGGCUGCCCAUCUCACCUAUCCCAUGCUGUAACGGGUUUCCGGGAACCGAUGCGAUCAGAUGCUGCCGUUGUCGGGUCCUUUCGUCCCAUCUCUAUUCGUGUGGCUCCAGCAACGGCAGUCGAUCGAUGCAGCCAAUGUGCAAGGGGCCGCGGCCAUGCGGCCUCGAAGACACAGCAGGAAAGAGCAAAGUAUCUUGCCGACCCCCCUUCGUCACUCUCCCCUCCGCCGUAUAGCCAGUGCUGCAAUAGUGAGUGGCCGACUCGGCCUCGCCCAGGAUGGGGGCUUUCUUUCUGUCCCUUUCUGAUCAACAAUUCAAGCAAGCAACGGUCCGUCGCAUCCAGCGUUUGGCGUGCUUGGUAGCCACACAAUUUACAGAAGCUCUCCAAGGAAGGACCCUGGGCCGUCCGACGGCCCACAAUCUUGAUUUAUGACAGUAUUGCAUUGAUCGGUGAGGUGGACAGCUGC